UCCUGAGCGAACUGGCAAACUAUGAGAAGAACGUGAACCGAGCUAUCCACAAGUACAAUGCGUACAGAAAAGCAGCUUCUGUAAUAUCCAAGUAUCCAAGCAAGAUAAAAAGUGGAGCUGAAGCAAAGAAGCUGGAAGGAGUAGGGACUAAAAUCGCUGAGAAGAUUGAUGAGUUUUUAUCCACUGGAAAACUACGUAAGCUUGAAAAGAUUCGACAGGAUGAUACAAGCUCAUCUAUCAAUUUCCUGACCCGAGUUAGUGGCAUAGGUCCUUCUGCAGCUAGGAAGUUUGUGGAUGAAGGGAUAAAGACAUUGGAAGAUCUAAAGAAAAAUGAACACAAGUUAAAUCAUCAUCAGCGAAUUGGGCUAAAAUAUUUUGAAGACUUCGAGAAAAGAAUACCUAGAGAAGAGAUGUUACAGAUGCAAGAAAUUGUAUUGAAUGAGGUUAAAAAACUGGACCCCGAAUAUAUUGCUACAGUCUGUGGCAGUUUCAGGCGAGGUGCGGAAUCAAGUGGGGAUAUGGAUGUUCUCCUGACCCAUCCAAGUUUCACUUCUGAAUCAACCAAACAGGUCUUAAAGAGGAGUGAGGUACCUUUUUGUAUGGAGCGAACCAACAGACUAGGAAACAAAUCUCCCACCCCAAAGCUUUUGCACCAAGUUGUAGAACAACUGAAAAAAAUCCACUUUGUCACAGACACAUUGUCAAAGGGUGAUACGAAAUUUAUGGGUGUAUGUCAGUUGCCAAGCGAAGAAGAUGGAACCAAUUUUCCAUACAGGAGAAUUGAUAUCAGGCUGAUCCCAAAGGAUCAGUAUUAUUGUGGGGUACUAUACUUCACAGGCAGUGACAUAUUCAAUAAGAACAUGAGAACUCGUGCCCUGGAAAUGGGCUUCACAAUCAACGAGUACACAAUCCGGCCCUUGGGAGUUACUGGAGUUGCUGGGGAGCCCCUCCCAGUAGAGAGUGAAAAGGAUAUCUUUGACUACAUACAGUGGAAGUAUCGAGAGCCAAAAGAACGGAGUGAAUAACUUGCCUUCAGAGGUUCACUAGCUAGUGCUCACUUAUUUUGUAGCUUUUAUGAAUAAUCAGCGGAGUCAAAACUAGGUGCAUAUUUAUUGCUUGAACGUUACUUCAGAAGGUGUGUAUUACUGACACUGUUUUUAAACAAUAGUUCCAUGGCACUAGAGUAAAAUGUGUUGUAAAAAUUAAAUCACCUAACAUUGAAACUUGA